AUGCCACGCCCUUUCUUCCACAAGUUGAUUUUCUCAUCCACUAUCCAAGAAAAGCGUCUGAGAGUACCAGAUAAGUUUGUGAGUAAAUUCAAGGAUGAGCUAUCGGUAGCCGUAGCACUCACAGUACCUGAUGGUCAUGUUUGGCGUGUAGGACUAAGGAAAGCUGACAACAAAAUCUGGUUCCAAGAUGGUUGGCAAGAGUUUGUCGACCGUUACUCCAUCCGCAUUGGUUACCUCUUGAUUUUUAGAUACGAAGGAAACUCUGCCUUCAGCGUCUACAUUUUCAACCUCUCCCACUCCGAGAUCAAUUACCACUCCACCGGUCUCAUGGACUCUGCUCACAACCACUUCAAACGCGCCCGCUUGUUCGAAGACCUCGAGGAUGAAGACGCCGAGGUCAUCUAUCCUCUGUCCGUCUACCCUUCUCCUCUUCCUCCUGACUCUACUGCCCCUGCCAAUAAAGGGUAUCCUAGCUCAGCCAUCCAAACCUUGUUCACUGGCUCUGUCAAAGCUGAAGAGCCAACGCCAACCCCUAAAGUUGCUAAAAAGAGAGGGAGGAAGAAGAAAAACGCUGACCCUGAGGAAAUAAACUCAUCUGCGCCGCGCGAUGAUGACCCUGAGAACCGUUCAAAGUUCUACGAGAGUGCCUCUGCGAGGAAGAGAACCGUGACUGCAGAAGAGAGAGAGAGGGCCAUCAACGCAGCCAAAACGUUCGAGCCAACAAACCCUUUCUUCAGAGUUGUUCUACGACCAUCUUAUCUAUACAGAGGUUGCAUCAUGUAUCUUCCCUCUGGUUUUGCUGAGAAGUACUUAAGUGGGAUCUCCGGAUUCAUCAAGGUCCAGCUCGCGGAGAAACAAUGGCCUGUGCGGUGUCUCUACAAAGCCGGGAGAGCCAAAUUCAGUCAAGGAUGGUACGAGUUCACUCUUGAGAACAACCUAGGAGAAGGUGACGUGUGUGUGUUCGAGCUGCUCAGAACCAGAGAUUUCGUUCUCAAAGUGACGGCCUUUCGAGUCAACGAGUACGUCUGA